UUCAUCAAUCCUCAUCUUUGAAUCCACCUCCUUCGGUUUGCGAUCCUUUUGUCUUUCUCCAACUCUGAAGGUUCUGGUGUGGUGAAGAAUGCAGAGAGGAUGCAGUAAAACCAAAACAUAAUCUUUCACAAUCACUGAAGAGUAAAGAGGAUUUUGAUUUGCAAAGAGAGACAAAAGGAAGUGACAAUGGGGCGUAAGAAGAUCCAAAUUACUCGCAUAAUGCAUGAAAGAAACAGACAGGUGACGUUCACAAAGAGGAAGUUUGGUCUGAUGAAGAAGGCGUAUGAGCUCAGUGUUCUGUGUGACUGUGAAAUAGCCCUGAUUAUCUUCAACCGCUCCAAUAAGCUCUUCCAGUACGCCAGCACAGACAUGGACAAGGUCUUGCUCAAGUACACAGAAUACAACGAACCUCAUGAGAGCAGAACCAACUCGGACAUUGUAGAAGUGCUAAACAAGAAGGAACAAAGAGGUUGUGACAGCCCAGAUCCAGAAGCUUCAUAUGUCCUCACACCUCACACGGAGGAGAAAUAUCAGAAGAUUAAUGAAGAGUUUGACAAUAUGAUGAGAAAUCACAAACUUCCGGCUGCUCUGGGUCAGCAGAGUUAUUCGAUACCUCUGACUUUGCCCGUCACCAACCCCACCACGCUGUCCUACAGCACAGACAGCUCUCUGGACACCCCAGUGUCCCUCAGCGGGACGAACAUGCUGUCUCUGUCCUCCAACAGCCACCAGAGCAACAACAGCACUGCUGUCAUGGAUGGCAUGCCAGGUUUCUCAGACAUCACUCUUCCAAACGGUGUACACUCCAGUCAUGUGGCUAAUGGCUUUGUUGGCAGUUCAGAAGGAAACAGUAUGGGAAGAGUCGUUUCUGCAAAAUCUCAAGCGUCGUCUACAUCGGGCCGCAAACCUGAUCUCAGAGUGCUCAUUCCUCCUGUGUGCAAGGGCACUGCUUCUUCACUGCCGCCAGAGGAAGGAGAGGAACAUUUGAGAAUAGACAACUCUCAGUUCAGCCAAUCACUGAACACACCCGUGGUAUCCAUGGCAACCCCCAGUCUACAUCCCCAGGGCCUUGUGUACUCAGCCAUGACAUCAUCUUUCACUACAGAUUUUGCCUUGAGCAGUACAGAGCCCAGUUCUUUACAUAGCUUCAGUUCACCAGAUGCUGUCACAUCAGGAGCAGGGUCUUCAUGGAAACACAGUCAUCAUGGUCAGCCAGGCUUCAGUGCCCAGAGAACCACACAACCUCAAAUUCAGGCUUCUGACUCCAUCAGCAUCAAAUCAGAGCCCAUCUCCCCUUCCAGAGAGUGUGUCGGUCACUCGCUGUACCCCACUAUCUACACCAGACCUUGGCCCAGCUCUGGAAAAGAAGUGGGCCGCUCUCCUGCUGAGAGCUUCAGUUCUUCUGGCAGUUCAUAUGAAGGUAGCGACCGUGAGGACCAGCGGCUGGACUCUCACCCAGGCACCGCUACAUCAGGACAAAGAUCAUCACCAGAGACAGAGAGCCAGGAAGAUCCCUCAGUCAAGCGCAUGCGCACAGACUAACUUAGUAUGUCUAAAGUCACAUUUCAGAUAUGCACACUGCUGUUGUGCAACAAACACAAAGCACUGCUUUAGAAGUGUGAAGAGGUGUCUCUGAAAGGGAAAUACAAAGACCGUUAUUGUAAAUGAGUGCGUUUUGUUGUUUGUACUGUUAUAGGAUUUUUUGAUAUUGUUAAAAACCUAAGCUAUGAAGUGUAUGACACUGUUUUGUCAAUAGAGGGUUAGCUUUGCUGCAUUAUUUGCAGUAUAUUAUUUUUUGCAAGCCAAAUGUGUUAUUUUAUCUUUUGUAUUUUUUAUUCGAGUCCUCAAUCAAAGUCAUAU